AAGCUGCUGGGUUGACAGGACACUGAUGAGAAGUGGAAUUCGUCAUAGCUUGACAGACGGAGAUGGUAUUCUGUUGGCUAACCGGAAUAUGAUUUAGGAGUGCUAGAAGAAUGCUGCAGCCUUCCUGGGGUGACGACUUUAGGGUUUCAUGAUCCAGAGCACCUGCAUUGUUCUCCUGCGAUGCGUUGACGAAACCAAGACGAUAGUGACGAUUAAAAGGGACCCGGACCUGUCAAGGCGCAACACCUAGCUAGCGCAGCAAUUCCGACGUCUGAAAUCCUUUUUGGCGGAUAUCCCUUGCUGGUGCUCCACGCUGCUUUUGCCGGGGAAUGUAGGCAGCAGCACCUACUGCAGCAUUUUGUCAGCAUUUUGCCAGGGAUUGAGACGACAGACUGCUGAUCAGUUACAUCUGCGGAGCAGCUAUGAUUCGACUCGGCUUCUGCUUCUGACUGCGAUAAGAGAUUGUGUAUAAGUUUAUUCUGAGGAGCUGGUAUGAUCAGGGAUGGGAGGCUGGCGGCAGCAGUGGCCGCUGCGAAGGCAGCUGCAGCCGAGAAAGCAGCAGCGGCAGAGAGAGCAGCAGCAACUGAAGCAUCUCAGGGGGGCCCAGGCGGCCCAGGCUCCCAAGGCGGCAACGCUGCUGCAGAUUCCACUGCUCCUGCUGAAGCAGCGGGAAUGGUUAUAGAUGGACGGCUGGGAGGGACUGUGGCUAUAGAUGGACGGCUGGCGGCAGCUGUGGCUGCUGCGAAAGCAGCGGCGGCAGAGAGAGCAGUGAAUGAAGCGGUGCAGAUGGUCGGAGACGCUAAUGCUACAAACACCACGGCUUCCAAUGUUGCAUUGACCCAGAUCGCUGGCUUAGACGAGUCCCACAAUGGACAAGGGAUGGUUACCACCAGCAGUGCUGAGCGGGAAGACAACAGAAGCUCGGCCCAGCAGAAGCAGCAGCGGAAGCGGGACCAGAGUCAGGCGACCCCUCGAGAGCAGGAGCUGCAGCAGCAGCACGAGAGCGAGGGUGUGACAAGCCAGGUGUCUGAGAGCAGAGGAAGCAACGGCCAGGGCGGGCAAGGCAGAGCGGUGGGAAGGGAGGGGGGUGCGUCGCUGCAUAGGUUGGAGGCGAGGAAGUACGGUAGAGAUGGCGAACGAGGAGUGGAAAGGGGAGGGGAGGGCCGGAGGCGCACCCGGAGCAACGUCUCCCUGAUGGACACUGGGGUGCUGCGGCUGGAGGAGGAGGUGGAGCGGGAGCUCGCGAGGCAGGAGAGGCUGGUGGAUCUCAUCGCCAUGGCAGGGGCCGACAUGCCCACACUACCCGUGCAGGUGGGGCACACGCGCAAGCUGCUGCUGGAGCUGAACGUGGAGAGGGUCAACCUGGAUCGAGCAUUGGAGCAGGCGCACUUGGCCGUGGGGUCACCUGGCGCCGUGCGCGCCAUACACACGGCACAGAUGCAGCUGUUGCAGCUGACGGCGCAGCGGGAAGUGCUCAAGGAGCUGAUUCAGAACGAGAGGAAGGAGAACGAGAAGCUGACGGCGCAGCGGGAAGUGCUCAAGGAGCUGAUUCAGAACGAGAGGAAGGAGAACGAGAAGGUAGAGGAGUUUCUCGACCAGAUUCUGAGUGACCCUGCACUAGAUGCCACCUCCCCCGUCUUCGCCUCCCUCAUAAAGGACCUCAUCAACACACUCAACACCAGUGCACAUGUCCCUUCCACUGUCACUGCUGCUAUUGGUGCCGCCUCUGCUGCUGCCGCCGCUGCAGCUGCCGCUGCUUUUGCUGCUGGUAGUGCCAUAGGAGGGGGAGCAGGAGGGGGGGAUUUCUCUGCCUCUUUUUCCCACGCUGGUGGAUCUCGGGCCUCGAUCCUCGGGCAUAGUCACUCUACCCUUUCGUCCAGCACCCAGUUGCAUAAGCUGAAGGACCUUCUAAAGGAUGGGCGGAUGGGCUUAGAAGAAGAGGAUAUGAUGCAUCUGAAAGGGGGUAGUGAUUCCCACAUGGCGGGAGGAGGAGGUAAGGGAGGAGGAGGAGGAGGAGGAGGAGGGGGGGGUGGUGGUGGAGGAGGGGGAGGAGGGGGGAAGGCACGGCUGAAGGUACUUCAGAAGCUGAAGAAGAAGUGGUCUGGAAGUGGCGGUGAUCCUGGUGCUGUGGCGGGUGGCAUCGGGUAUAGUGGUGCAUCUGCUGCUGCUGCUGGUGCUGCUGGUAACGCGGUUACCGGUGGUAAGCCGUUGAGUCGGGGCAUGUCUCCGUUUAGGAAUUUAGGCAGGUAUUUAUCGUCCACUGAGGCUGAUUUGCGAAGUCUGGCGGACGCUGCGAAGGGCAACAACACUAGCAGCAGCAGUGGUGCUGGUGGUGUGGCAGCGGCCACACGAUCACUCACUCAGCCGUCUCUCACACGCUCCUUUGCCCGCCGCGCCUCUGACAAUAGAGAGGAGCUCAAUAAGGUUGAUGCUCCUGCGCUGGGCAUCCCCGAGCUGCCUCGCCACACGUCUGCUGAUCUCACAGGUGCCGUGCCGCUUGCCCUGGCCUCUAACACCGGGUCGUGGUCCCCCACGUGCACGCCGGGGGUGUUUUCUCGAUUCAGCCGCAGCGCCUCUGCCGCGCAUCGGUCAGGCGCUUCAGUUGCCGAUGCUGAUGCCUUGGAGCAUGCCCAUGGGGGUGGGCAGGGCCAUGCCGAUAGGCAUGGGCGUGGGCACGGGCACGGGCAUGGGCAUGGGCAUGGGCACGGGCACGGGCAUGGGCAUGGGCACGAGAAUCCGCACGAAUUGAGCUUCAAGGAAAGAAGAGGUGAGGAUAGCCCGAGUGUCCUUCAAGAAGAGAAAGGUGGUGGCGGCGGUGGAGCGGCAGGCGCUACCCUCAGGUCCCAGUCCCUCAAAGUGGCCUCAGACGCAGGCAGCACGGUCAGCAGCAACACGGCCAGCAACACGGACAGCAACACGGACAGCAGCAGCAUGAUCGCUCUUGCCUCCGACUCCCUCAUACCCUCCAUUCUGCUCGCGAGCAACAAGAGCCCCGAGCGCAUGCGACCCUCGCUCUCCUUCCGCCGGGCCAAAACCCCCGACAGACAUCGCUCCUACAGCCCCACCACCCACUCCUCCCCCUCCUCCUCCUCCUCCUCCUCCCGUCCCCGCUCCCCCCUGGGAAAGAUGUUUUCCUUUGCAGCACGGCAUGCGCCAGGUAUGCACGUCGGUUACGCUCGGAACAACUCCGAACCUGGGGAUGAGGCUCGGGAUGGCUGGUUCACUGAUGGGGCUAGGUCUGGUGGGGAUGACUCUGGGGUGGCGCUGGGUGUCGUUUCUGGGGAUGGGACAACCAAGGAAGGUGCUUUUGCUGAUCUAUCAGCUACAGCUGCUGGUGCUACAGCUGGUGCUACAGCUGGUGCAGUAGCUGCUGCUGCCGUUGCUGCUGUUGAUGCAUCAGUUGCUGCUGGUGCAGGCCUGACUGGGUGGACCACUCAGGGGGAAAGGCGGCAGUCAGAACAGGCUAAUGUGCUUGUAAUAAACAAUGACUGUACGGGGGAAGAGGGAAGCACGAGCCCCACAGGUCAAGAUGCAGAAGAUCUUACUGAGGACCUGCCGGAAGCUGGCCAAAGCUCAGCCCAUCGGAAGUUCCUGGCCGUUGGAUCGUUCUCCGAGAUGGUUCAGGAGGGGGAGGCGGUCUCUCAGGAGAAAGGAGAGGAGGAAGAGGAGGAGGAGGUGGAGGAGGUGGGGGAGGUGGGGGAGGUGGGGGAGGUGGGGGAUAUAGAGGCGUGGAUGGAAGAGAGGCAACAGCAGCAGCAGCAGCAGCAGCAGCAGCAGUCUCUCUCAGCAGUGCUAGAAGCCCUCAUCUCUUCAAGUGAGGCUGAGCUCUCAGGCAAAGGGAAGCGUGAGCACGGCAAGAAGGGCAAAGAAGCGAAGGAGAAGAAGAGCAGAGGGUUCUCGAGGAAAGGAAGCAAGGAAGGGAAGGGUGGCAGCAGCAGCGGGGGAGGGUCAGGGUUUGACUUCAAUUUGCUAGGGGCCAGCACAGGGGGCAACGCAGGAGGUGACAGUGGCUGUAGCACGGGAGGCAACACGGGAGGUAGUUCUGCCGCACCCGCAGCUAAUGUUGCUAAUACAGCAAGGCCCUUGCAGUCUUACCCAAAGCCUCCGCUUGGUUCGGCGCCGGGCUCGGGAGCAGGCUUGGCAGCAGCCGAGCCAGCCAGAUACACGCCAGCGGUCAGCGGCAAUCCCUUUGUGACGAUCGACUCAUUGGAACGGUGGGCGUCUGCUGACGUGGCAGGCUUGGGUUCGUCAGGCCUCUCCAAACCUGCUGCCGAGCCUAGUUCCAGGCCUGAGCUGCUAAGCCCGAGGCGGACGCAGAGCGUGGGAGUGGCACUGAAUUAUAGGGCGUUGGAUUGUGAAUCAGGAUCGGACGUUGGGCAUGCUUUGGGGCUCAUUGCUCCUCUUCCAAGAAAGGCCGUUCCGUUGCAGAGUGGCUUGAGGGAUUCGUCUAACGAACAGGUGGGGGAACCUGACUUGGGUUCUGGUUCAAAUAUCGACAUGAUUUUGCUGCAGCAGCAGCAGAAGCAGGAGCAGGAGGGUUGGGAGACUGGGAAGGGAGGACAGACGGGAGCAGAGGCCAAGGAGCAGGGGGGACUAGAGGAGCAGGAGCAGACAGAGGAGCAGAAGCAGGGAGCAGCUAAAGCAGGGGCACUGGAUGCAGCAGCUGCAGCGGGUGUCCUUCCAGCUGCAUCUAGUGUGCAGCCGAUACCUCUGGUGCAGGAACCUGCACCGCCAGAGGUCUCACCGGAGGCAAAGCCACGCAUCCCACGUGUCUCCACUGCAGAAGCCCCUGCAACUGAACUGGUAACCAGAACAGGCGAAAGGGUUUGCUCCAGCACCUCUGCCAGCAUUGGCAGCACCAGAAACAGCAGUAGUGGCACUAUUGCGCACCUGGCAGCAGUCGCACCCCCCCCUGCAUCCACUCCCUCCUCCACCCUCUCAGGAGAAUCCACCUCCCGCAAAUCCUUCCGUAAAUCCCUUGCCAAAUCCAUCAACCACCUCCAAAAAACGAUAAAAACCUCCUCCUCAACCCGCCAACCCUCCUCCUCCUCCCGCGCCUCCUCUCUCCCUGCAGCAGAUUCCACCCCUCUUUCCCUCGAGCUAGAGGAUCUCCGCUCCCGCCCGUGCGCUCUAUCCGAAGAGAUGCUCAAGUCAAUCGCCUCCAUCUAUCUGCACCACGCCCAUCCCGCCGUGUGGGGCCUUGGGGAGGGGACACGGCGCGCCGCUGCUCUGCUCCUUGCCUCGGACCAGGCCCGCGCUGCGGCGGAUCCCGCCCAUGCUGCGGCGAAUCAGGCCAGUGCCACGUCAGAUCAGGCCCGUGGUGCGUCAGAUUUGGCGUGUGCCACGUCAGACCUGCCCUGUGCUGCGCCAGAGGGGGAGGAGGGAGUUGGGAAAGGAGGGUCAACUGGGAGUCUAGGGGGUCUGAGUGGCUCAAUCCGCCAUAACCUUCCAACAAGUGUGGUGGGGGAGGGAGGGGAUAGAGGUGAUAGUAACAGUGCCGAUAGCGAUACUUUAGGCCCGUUACAAGCACUCUCGAAUAGUACUGAAUCAACAGAUCCAGGAGACAGCAGCAUCUUCCUGCUUCCUCCCACCACCCCUUCAUACCCCCCUCUCACUCCCUCCCUCACUCCCUCCCUCACUCCCUCCCUCACUCCCUCUCUCUCCAAGAAGCCUUCUCUCUUCGCCUCAGACCCAGCCUCCAAGUCCCGUAGGGGGCUGGCUCUCGCCUCUGCUACAGCCAAGGCGCCCCAGUGGCUGCGCUCGGCAUUCCCUGGAGGCAAGCAGGGGGCGGAGGGCAGGGGCAGGCAGCGGGACAGGGGCAGGGGGAGGGACAGGAGCAGGGGGGGGACAGGGGGUUGGGAAGGGUUUGAGGAACAGGAAGAGGCAGAGAAGCUUCUAGAGCCAUCGGGAAUCACGAGAGCAAGCACUGACACCUCCGCCAGAGACCGGGGUGGCAGCAGCAGCAGCAGCAGCAGUAAGGCAGCCAAUGCCAUGCCACGCUCUGCCUCCUGCGCUCCUUCUACUGCUCCUGCUGCUGCUGCUGCUGGUAUAGGAGCAGACACAGGCGCGUCAGCAGCUGCUAGAAUCGCAGAAGUAGGGGUUGGGAAGAGGCCGGAGGGGUUCGUGGAUCCAUACGGGGGGUUGGAGGGGCACCCGUGCGCGCCAGUGGUGGCGGGGUACAGCGCAGCCAUGGAGGUGACUGCUGUGCCUCUGCCCGACUCGUUCAGCAGUGCAGACAUCUUCCUGCUCUGCCGCUACAGAAUGCUGGUGGAGCAGCUAGAUGACGUGAACCCAGUGCUAUUGUCAGAGGACGAGCGGAUAGCCUUCUGGGUCAACCUCUACAACUCCCUGCUUCUGCAUGCGUUCCUCAUGGACGGCUACCCUGCAACUCAUACCAAGCGCAUGGCCAUGCUUCAUCAGGCCACCUACACCAUCCGGGGCAAGGCAAUCAGCGCUAUUGAUAUCGAGUUCUCCAUUCUUCGGGCGGCCUCCUUCCGCCCUUCUCUGGCCAGGGCCCUCAAGGCUCGCCCCUUUUCUCCAGACGAUUAUCGCUCCUCCUGGGUGCUCCAGUCCCCCGAGCCCAGCGUCUCCUUCGCUCUCUGCCCCGGCACCUUCUCCGCUCCUCUGCUGAGAGCCUUCUCACCGCACACGGUCAGAGCAGAGCUGGAUGAGGCGAGGGAGAGCUUCCUCGAGGUGUCUCUGGGGCUCAGUCAGAACGACCGCAUUGUUCUUCCCAAAAUACUGGACUGGUUUUGUCCUGAUUUUGCCGAUUCCCUUCCAUCCUUGCUUGAGUGGGCCUUAAAUCAACUCCCCCCUGCCCCGCGGUUGGCAUUGGCCAAGCGGAUUGCUCUCCAAGUCAAUCCCACAAUCACACAUUGUGUUGAGGUGGCGCCAUUCGACUGGUCGAUCCGUUACCUUCUCGACCCCAAAUCACUCACUAUAAACACUGAUGGGUUGUAGACUUGUGGUCCACAAGAGAGGCAUGCGGUAAUACAAUAUUCAGCAAGUCAUGAAUGAUAUAACUAUGCUCUGAUUGAGGGUGAGGGUGUUGAGUGACCCGCUGGGGUUGCCCUUGAGAUCCUCGGGGAAGGGCCACAGGUGCAGAGCCUGGGGGGCUAUGGGCACACUUACCCGCUAUUCAACAAGCCCUUUUAACCCA